AUGAAGUUCAACAAUCUCACUCUCCUACCCAGUCUCUCUUUGAUACCCACGACCACCACCUCCCCAGCGCCAAACCCACCAUCAACAAACAACACCCUUUGCGACUGCUACAUAAUCUCCGGCCCAGACCCAGGCUACUUCACAAACUACCACUUCUGGGACUUCCGCAACAUCGCCCUCCCAAAUGUCACCCAACAACCGGCCCCAGAACCCCCCGCACUAUAUACCACGCUCCUCCUAUCCAACACGCCCUUCAUCAAUGAUUGGCUUCCCCAAACAUGGACCAAAACCGGAACAACGGAGCUCCUCCCCAUCACCAACGCCGAAACGAACGUAUUCAUCGCGCCAAACCCAGACCCCCAGAGCCACGUCUCGCCAAACCCAACAUACCUCCUCCUCCAGACAACCCGGCACGCGGACCAUGUCUCAACAGCCGAAAUCGAGUUCCUAGGAUGGAAUAUCCUGCACUGUUCACUCCGUGUCAGAAUGAGACUUAUGUCAAAUGAAACCGCCCUCGGCCCCAGACGCAUCCGCCCAACCACCCGAGACCCCCUAGACAGGCAUUGGGGCAAAGGACGUCGAAGACCAAUCGGGCAUAAUGUCGUUCCCAAGGGCGCCUGCGUCGGACUCUUCACAUAUCAUUCCAAAACAUGCGAAUCGGAUAUCGAGAUCCUUACCUCUGAUCCACCCAAUGUGAUUCAUUAUUCCAAUCAGCCAGAUUACGAUCCCGUCUCGGAUACGGCUAUCCCCGGAGCGGGCACCAUGGUGAACCUCUCUGUGCCGUGGACGGCGUGGUCGACGCAUCGCUUGGACUGGUUUCCCGAUAUGUCGCGUUGGUAUGCUGGGGAGGCUUUGCAGGCGGUUAAGGCUUAUGGUGUGCCUCGGGAGCCGAGUACUUUGGUUCUGAAUCUGUGGAGUGAUGGGGGGAAUUGGACAGGGAAUUUGAGGGCUGGGGAGUCGGUGUUCUUGGGAGUUGAGUGGAUUGAGAUGGCGUUCAAUGUUUCUUCCGUGGCUGGUGCGCCUGCUGGCCGUGGGGAGGACUUAACGAGGUCAAGAGAUAGGACGGUUCGGAGGGCUGAUUUUCGCGAUGUUGAUAGUGAUGUGCGCCGGGCUAGGAGUAAGACGUUAGGAGGUGAUAUCGUGAAGCAAGAGAAUAUACGGACAGGAGAUAAGGUUGGGUGUCGAAGAGCGUGUUAUGUGAGUGACUUUCAUUAA